GUGAUAUGAACUUAUGCUUUUAGAAUUUCCAUGAAGAAAUAUUUAAAUACAAUGUGAUAUGAACUUAUACUUUUAGGAUUCCUGUAGUGAAGUUCUAUGGUAUGGGAAAAGAUGGGAUUUACUCCAUACAUAUAGUUGAUGGGUGUAUCAACAAGACAUCUGGCUUCAUAAAGAGAAUGUUGCCGUGGUUUCAAUUCCACACAGUCCCCUGGAUGGAGAAUGAAUCUAUCCAAUUACUUGGCUGUUCAGAUGCACCUCUACAUAGCAUGGAGGGUCAAUCUGCUAAUGGAGGUAUGCAUAAACAUUUUGUGACAAAGUCAGAUGGCACUAUUGGGGGAUUGGUUGCCCUCGUUGAUCCCAAAAAUAAGGCUCCGAAUGAACUGUACGUUCUCACAGCAAAUCACAUGGUUGAAAAAUAUAACACUAAUGUGGAAUACAUGUCUUGGUCCAAGGAAGAUCAAAGUGACAAACAUGUAAUUGGGACAGAGGUUCCAUACAAAAUACCUUUGAGAACAGACAAUGAUGAUGAAAAUAACAAGGAUGUGGAGAAUGGUGAUGUGGAGGAUAAAAAGGACAAUGAGUUCAAUGAUUGGAAGGAUGAUGUCAACGUUAGCCAAGAUGCAUUUGAUGAGCAAAUGAUUCGGAAGUGUAUAUAUCAUUAUACAAUGAAAGAUGAAGAUAUGGAUGAGAAACAAGAGGAACAGUAUGACAUUGCAUGCAUUAAAGUAGAUGAUCAGUAUAAACCUGCCUCCAUCAAUGCGAUUAAUCAGAACGAAUAUGUAUCAAAGAAGGUGGAUAAAGGGCCAGAUACCAUAAAACUUCAAUACAAUGCCUGUUCUGAAUGUUGCAUAAAUUUAGAUAAUCCAUCAAAUACAGUUCCAAACAAUCUUUACAAUUUAGUUGGCUCAAAGGUGGUGAAGCUAGGGUCCUCUCUCAAACAAGGGAGUGGGAACAUUUUGAGUGGAUAUGCAGCAGGUGAAAUUAAAGUUGGGAAAAAGACUGCAUGGGUAACUAACAUGGUAGUAAUUGGUGCAGAUAUUGCAGAUCAUGACACUGACUAUGCACAGCUGCCUGGAGAUUGUGGAACUAUAGUUUGUGGAACUGAAAAAGGUAAAGAUCAUUAUCCAAACUGCUGGAUGAUAUUUGCAGGAUGGGAUAAUGCAAAUAUAGAAAAUACAUGGAAUAAACAGGCAUCGCUUGCAUUCUCUCUACCCAAUGCCUUGAAAGAGUUAAAUGAACAAGUCAAAGCAAACAAAAGAUUUAAGUUAUCAUGCUGUGAGAAAGUGUUUGAAAAAAGAGAUGGAUGAGGAAGUGUAUACUGAAUAACUUGAGAGGAAAAUUUCCUCCAGAAAACAUUUGUAAAGCUGAAAAUGAAAUUGAUGAAUUCUCUAUAAUAACAAUAUUGUUUUAAUAAAAUAAUCUAAAUGAAAAAAUAACAAAAAUAACACUUGGAUAAAGAUUGUUUUGGCAACAUAAAUUGCUUUUUUAGACUGACAUGUCAUGAAUUGGUACUAAUGUCAAUAAAGAAAUAAAUAAUACAUGUUACUCGUACCUACUGAAAAAACAUUUCCUGUAGGGCAUCUUCCAUUUUCAAAUUCUGUGUAAAAAUAAUGUAAUGGUAGAGAAAAUAACUCCCAUAAUGAGGUAAACCAAAAUUGUGAAAAGCGAUACAAAGGAGCAGGUAAGAUAUGGCAAGCCAUUUUCAAAGGGCUAUAUCUUUAAUUCUAAGAAUACUUUAACCACAAAAAAAAUGGUUCUGUUAGAUCCAUGUCUUGUCUUCAAUAAAUGACAGUAGGAUAAUAAUCAAGUUGAAUGGAUUAUCUCUUAAGCUGUUCCUAAUCCAACCAUCUUCACCAAUUUUCCCUAAUUCGGACGCAAUUUUCACCAAAAAUGCAGCAUUUUAUUUCAGUUUUUAUGGCAAAAUUACAAUUUAUUGUAAGGAAUGAUCUACCUCUAAAAAGGAAAACUUGAUUACUUUGGGAUUAGGAUAAUCCAAAAACAAUAACUUUUUUAGGCCGAAUUUUUUACCUAAAAGUAGCAAUUUUUUAAUGAGAUUAAUGCAUGAAAACUUUGAGCUAUGUCACAUGAUUGAUUUCCAAAAAGAAAAAAAUGAUCUAAAUGAGAUAAGCAUUAUCUGAUAAUCCAUUUGUCAUUUUUACCUCAUAGGCCAUGACCUUAGUGUGAAGUGUAUGAAAAGAUGUCACUUAGAACGACAUUUAGAUGUACCCUAUUUUAUGCAAUCAUGUUUAUAGAUAGAGUUAUAAAUGUUCCAUAGAUGGCAUGAUAUAUUCUACAUGGGUGAGUGCUAGAUACUCUGUGUAUUCAUUGUUGCAUAAUUGCGUAUUAUAGAAAUGAGCAUGGAUAUGUCAACAUGACUGGGUCGUGUAAAGUAUGUACAGUAAAACAUAAAUAUGUUUAACACCUAGUAAAACACAUAAGAGGAAAUACUUGUUUAUAUAUUUGAAUUGUAUAGUGUAAAUGAAUAUUUGAAAUAUUACACAUUUGCGAUGUUUCAACAAACAUGAUUCAAUACCAUCUUAUUUGAAU